AAAUGACUGAUAAUAAAUUUUUCAAUUUGAUGGGAAUUCAUUUUGGAGAUAUCGGCCAACCUUUGGUACUCUGCAAUAACUUCUUAAUCGACCAUGAUGUUGAGGAAUCGAGAUGGGAUAUUUCGACAUUAUUUCAAGUAGAACACCUAUUAAGAGCAACAUAA